GGUGUGGGGGCGAGGCGGCGACGAGGGCGGCGACACUCUCCUCCCUUNGGCUCCACGGCGUAGGACGGCGCGAACGUGGUUCNGGAGGGAUGUCCGCCUUCUCCGAGGCGGCGCUGGAGAAGAAGCUGUCCGAGUUGAGCAACUCGCAGCAGAGCGUGCAGACCCUGUCCCUGUGGCUCAUCCACCAUCGCAAACACUCGCGGCCCAUCGUCACGGUGUGGGAGCGGGAGCUCCGCAAAGCCAAACCCAACAGGAAGCUUACUUUUCUCUACUUGGCCAAUGAUGUCAUUCAAAACAGCAAAAGGAAGGGGCCAGAGUUCACAAAAGAUUUUGCACCAGUAAUAGUGGAGGCAUUCAAGCAUGUUUCAAGGGAAACAGGCGCAGACCGGAAGGAACCCAAGCCACUGACUCUCGACCUUGUUAGAGCAUUACAAGAUUUAGAAAAUGCAGCCUCAGGUGAUGCAGCAGUCCAUCAAAGGAUAGCUUCUUUGCCUGUCGAAGUUCAAGAAGUAUCACUGCUUGAGAAAAUAACAGAUAAAGAAUCUGGAGAAAGGCUUUCUAAAAUGGUAGAAGAUGCUUGUAUGCUGCUGGCAGAUUAUAAUGGCAGACUGGCGGCAGAAAUAGAUGAUAGAAAGCAACUCACUCGAAUGUUAGCAGAUUUUCUUCGUUGUCAAAAGGAAGCCCUUGCAGAGAAAGAACAUAAAUUGGAAGAAUACAAGCGCAAGUUAGCCCGAGUUUCCCUGGUACGCAAAGAACUCAGAGCCCGGAUCCAGAGCCUGCCAGAUUUAUCUCGUUUGCCCAAUGUNACUGGCAGUCACAUGCACCUGCCCUUUGCGGGGGACAUCUACAGUGAAGACUGAUGGCCAGUCUCCUCCAGGGCCAGGACUUUGGCAGCCAUGGAGACAGUAUCUAAUCACUGUACACUAUCUAAUUCCUAAUGAGAAGAACUGAUCAGGAGCUGAUGUGAGACUGUUUAUGGGAUCGUUAGAGCUUGAUUAUAGAAGAGACUAAAUGUUUCAACUUCACCUUACUCUUGCCACCCAAAUACUGGUUCUGUGUGUCCUCAUGCCCUUUGAGUUUAACACUAGACAUGGAUGCCGUGUGCAGGGUCAAAUUAAAGCCUAGAGAACCGUUCCCCNGUAGCACUGUAGUAGUUCCAUCCCAAAUGCCAUCCCAGGAUAAAAGGUCUGUUAAGNAGAGAUUCNCUUGAUNNCACUAUUUAGAACUAAGUGCAUUUAAUGCUUUAAGGAUGUUGUAAGUUCUGAUGUCCUAAUGAGGACAACUCCAGCUGACUGCUCCUGUCGGGUCAGUCUUCUUACAGCAGAUCCCUUUAACAAAACACCAGCUGUGGGGAGUAAAGGAAGCAUCAGACAGUGACGUAAUCCCCGUGCUUAAUCCCUGCCCAUGUGAUGUAAACAAUAGCUCUUAGUGUGAGUAGCUCAACAACUCAGUAUCCAUAAUGUUCAAUUAAGUAGCCCAAAACAUUUUAUUUCUGUAAAGUUUUUGAAUGAUUAUAUUUUGGAAUUAAGCAAUGCUGUAAUACAGGGUAGAUCUGGUGAAUUUUAUAUUUGUAUGUUUACAGAUGUAAAUACACAGCAAAUGUACCUUUAUCUUUACUUGAACCUAGUGUGUUAGAGCAGGUGCAUGCUCUCCAGCUUUCUUUUAAGUUCCAUUGUGAACCUGCAGGUUUGUGUUUCAUAAUGACAGNAGGGAGAUAUUUUCUCCUUUAUUGCUUUGCAUUUCUCAUGUAAUCAGAGUCCAAGUAAAUAGUUAAUAGAACACCUUUUAAAUUUCAUAGACCAAUUAUACUCACUACUCUGAAUGCUUCACUGUUUCUUUCUCAGUAUUAGAGGUUAUAGUUGAAAUGAAUUUACAUGUGAAGAAAUGACAGGUAAUUUAUCUUUAAUAACCAGUAGAUUUGGGAACAGUGCUUUAAACACUGGCCUCUCUCCAAAACAGAGUUACAUGUAUGGCAUCACUCCAUCCCCUGCAUGUCCUAUCUUCCAAUGACAGCUUUUGGGAGUUAGAACACAUUUCCUCACAGAACCUAUAGCUGUUCUCUGUGCACACCUCUGAAGCUCAACUGGGAGCCCAAACCACUGGACCACAGAUAUGCUUGUAAUGAGCUGACAAGUGGCUCUCGCACAUCCAGAGCAGCGUUUGUCUGUCACGUAAGGGUUUGUGUGCAGCAGCCAGACCCUCACGCUGGGGUGGCUGCCAGGGCUGCUAUCUUUUCCUUAGGGGUAGGGAUCGAAGAAAAGAUUCAGCAAAGGAGAUGCACAUUACAUACCCUGAUUAUUCCUGUUUUGAAAGUAUGCCAAGUAAGUUAGUUUUUGUUGUUGUUUUUGAAAGCAAAAGCUUUGUGUGUUAACUUAUUUUCAGUAUCUUAAAUUUAUUUAUGAUUUGCUGACACAGUGAUUUAUCCAUCUAAAAUAGAUACUUUUCCAUUUAAAACUAAUUUAUAAAUGGUAUACUCUUGGGAAGAUAUAAACUCUUUUAGAAGUUUCCAGAAAUAUUUUCACCAUGAAGACAGACUUAGAUACUCUUUUGAUGCCACUAUCUGAUCUAAAUAUUUAUGAUAAAAUGUAUUAUUUUUUUAAAGAGUGUGAUGAGAUCUGUGAUAAAUGCUAGUACUCAAAACCUGAGUCCCCAAACCACAAGUUGUUGGUUAGCUCACUAAUUGAACAGACUGUACAGUUUGUUCUCGAAGUAAGUUUUUCAGCCUUACAGUAGUUAAUANUCCUUUCUGAAAGGAAGACUAAACUUAAUGGGCUUAAACCAGGCGUGGUGGGUCAUGCCUUUGAUUUCAGUACUUGGGAGGGAGGUAGGAGGAUCUCUGAGUUCAAGGCCAGCCAGUUCUGUAGAGUGAGACCCAUGCCAUUAGUUAUAUGAGUGAGACCCUGCAUUCAGAAAAAGAAAAAAAAAAAAAAAAAAGAAAUGAGCUUAGGUGAGGGGUAUAAAAUACCAAACUGUAAAUCAUGCACAUUUUCUCUACCAUGUACCCGAGGCAAAUUACAAGUAUGAGAGCAACCUGGUCUGGCCCUCAAGGGAAAGUAUGUCACAUUGUAGCAAGGUCCUGUGCUGUGAAUGGACACCAUUCCUCUUUUCUCCACAAACAGUGCAGAGAGCUGUCGGAGUGGCAAUGUGAGCAGAUUCCCCGGAGCUCCCUCUGCUCCUACAACACUACAGUGAGUAAAUGAACCAUAGGGGGAGCUGGGAGCCUGGAAACGAGCUGGGCUCUGUAGCCAGACUUCCCUGAGGAAGACCAUCCCACCUGUAGCUGUUGUGAUAACUGUUCACAGCAUUCUGAAUCAGGACUUUUCUAUAAGAAAUCCUUUAGCAUUAAUAAAAGCUAGGAUGAUCCACCCAUCAUGAUUUUCAGAGUUCAGAGGAUGUUGUCUGCUGUCACUGUUAUGAGUAGCUUUGUGGUGUGUGGUUCAUGAACUGGUCUGAGGACAGUGACUGGGAGGUAGGAGGGCCUUCUUCAAUUCCGAAGUCGACAGGAUGUGAAGUAAUGCAAAACCCCUACACUGUUUUACUAGCUAUUAGGAGUUACUCCUAGAGAUGNGCCCUGCUUCUCAGUUGUGCUAGAAAGAGCUUUUGACGGUGUGAAUUCAGUUCUUCUCUGUACAGAAAGGGAACACUGGGUCACUUAAUGGAUUUGUGUAUACACAGCAUCUGUUGCCAUCUAGUUUGCGGUGUCAAGAGCACAUGGAUAAAGGAUACUCCGUCUUUUAUAAAUCCUUUUCUUUGGCUGUAUCUGAUGACAA